AUGAUUCUUCAUGGCUUUGGCGGCGAGGUAGAUGGUAGCGGUGAGCUUGACAGAAUUAGAAGGAUACUCUUACUCAGUUACAACGAUUUGCCUCACUAUCUCAGAAGCUGCCUAUUAUAUCUAAGCAUCUAUUCUGAAGAUUAUCCAAUUAGGAAUGUCGAUAGUUUACUUUAUACAUGGAUAGCACUGGGAUUUAUAGAAGAGAAAGAAGGAAUGACAGCCACUGAUAUUGCUAUGCGAUAUCUAAAAGAACUCAUCAACAGAAGCUUAAUCCAAGUUAAAGACACAUGGGCUGAUGGCAAAUUGAAGGAAUGUGGUCUUCAUGAUUUUCUGCGUGAAAUCAUUGUUUCAAAAUCUAAAGAGCAGAGCUUCACAGCCAUAAUCACUGGAUAUUGCACAAGAUGGUCUGACAAAGUUCGACACCUGGCAAUCCAUAACUUCACUGAUAACCCUCCACAAGGCUUCAGCAGCUUAAAGUGUCUUCGAUCCGUGGAAAUAUUCGGGUAUGAAGAUCCUCUCACAACUUCAUUUUUGUCCAAGUUUUUAUGUGGUGGUCCCAAGUUCCUAAAGGUUUUAAAUUUGAGGGGAGCUGAACUGGACAACAUCCCAAAGGAAGUUUUCAAACUAUUUCAUCUCGAGUAUCUGGAUCUAAGUGGCACCAGAGUUAAAAUCAUUCCAAAAUCUAUUGGGCAGCUUCAAAACCUAGAAUUUUUAAUUCUGGAAGACACUCAUAUAAUGGAGUUGCCUGUGGAAAUUCUAAAGCUGAGGAAACUCCGUUCCCUUGUCGUAUGCAGAAUGGGUGAUUAUUCAAAUAACUUUUCAAUUUGGGGCUUUAAAUCUCCGGAUGGAAUUGGAAAGCUUACUUCCUUGGAGAGUUUGGGAUUUAUAGAAGCAGAUAGUGGUAAAAUAGUAAGGGAGAUUGGGAAGCUCAUUCAGUUGCGGAAAUUAUGGAUCACAAAGCUGAGAAGAGAAGAUGGAAAGGAGUUGGUCUCCUCCCUCUUGAGGCUGACCAACCUUCGAGAGUUAUACAUCUUCUCCAUUAAAGAAGAGGGGACUCUUGAUCUCCAACAUUCCGUCUCUCCCAGACUUGGAUUUCUUACGAGGCUAUCGUUGAGUGGGCGUUUAGAGAAAGUACCGGAAUGGGUAAUAUCACUUCAAUCCUUGCGCACUUUAGCCUUGCAGAAUAGGGAGACAUUGUGUUUUAAGGCUGGAGGAUUCCCAAAACUCAAGGAAUUAGGCCUUGUGCAAUUAAAAAGACUGAAAUGGGUAAGAGUGGAAGAGGAAUCGAUGCCCAAUCUCCAACAGUUUUUUAUCCUCGGUUGCAAGCUUAUGGAGGGCCUGCCUUUGGGCCUCCAAAACUUGACCAAGCUUAAUGUUCUUGCGUUGGCUGAUAUGUCUGAUGAGCUAAUCCACGAAGUACAGAAUUUGGAUAAAGAAAGUGAAGAUUAUCAGACAAUUUCUCAUAUCCCUCAAGUUGGCAUUGGACGCUGGAUAAAUGGUGAAUGGAAAACAGAGUUUCUCUAA